UUCUUUCUAUUUUAUUCUUAUUUAAUUAUUUUUAUUAUUUUCGCAACAAUUUCUAAUUCGGUAUUUUUAACCGUCUUUCCGCCUCGCCCGCCCGUUUCGGGUUUGUGGCGGAUUGUGCUUCGGUGUAACGAUUUGUUCCGACGACAUCUCUAUUUUUUUACUUGUCGUUUUUUUUUUUGUCUUGUUUUCGUGAUGUCGCUUUCUCGCCGGUCAUAAUUGAGUAUCAAGUUGAUAUUUUUACUCGUUUGUCUGUCACCGAGAAGGGAGGGAGGGAUGUAUGUAUCUUCUCACAUGUGCACUCUACGCCACUUCACGCGCAACAUACAUACAUAUCGCAUACGAAGGGCCAGCGCCCCGGUACUCGAGGGCGCGGGAUCAUGAGGGAUGGGGUUUUUACCGUUCUGGCCCCUCUACCCUUUUUUUUCUUGUUACUCCUUUCUGUCGCCGAACAUGCCGCCUUCUUGCUCUUUUUAGGUAUUAGAAUGCGAUAGAUACCCUAAACGGCACCCGGGCGGACGGACACGCAGGUGGAUUACUAAGUGAGGUAGUAUAUACACCACGCAGGAAUAGUAUAUCGAGUGGCGUAGUCUCGGUAUGUCUCCCUGUUGGAUGCGUGUCACGUAAACGAAGUUGGAAAGUAGUGCUCGCCUAUGUCGACAUUAUUGCGAACGCCCAUCAUCCAUCCUUCUUACCUACAUACACUACUACCCCCUUCCCGUCUUGUCAUGAGAAUCCCGUAUUAGGGCAUGCCCGUGACCGCGACGCCCGUAGGUUCCGAAGCAGAAAAUAGGCAAACGAACAAACAUAGUAACGUGUUUACGACAGUGGCUGCUACCUACAGGGCGCAUUCCGGUUUUUUCGUAGUUGGCUAUGUUCUUUUAUGCAUGUGGUAUGCGAUAUAUGGGUUAGGUCUAGGUAGAAACCUUUCGUCAGUUGGUCUUAUUCCCUGUCUAGUUGCGUAUUAUCUGCUUUGCCGUACACGGGCAUUAAAGGAGGAACGAUCCCGGAAUCGGUCAUCCUUCGCUAUCCCCACCAAUAUUCCCUUCCUUUCCUUACCGAUGGCCGCUUAAAUCCGCCCCGUUCAAGUAGGCGAAAGGAGGGGAGGCAGGCAGCCGCGCUGCAGAUUUUCUGUGGUGUCGAUCGAUAUAUCUCGUUUUAUGUCGUGUGAACGGCGACUUGCAGGACGAGGUGUAGUUACCUUCAGAUGCAAUGUGCCACCAUGAACUGCAGGAUUGCAUAUAGAUAGGGCUGGCUUGGCUAGGCUUCGUUUUCGGUAGGCGCGCCGCAUGGGUUCUCUGCAACUACCUAGCAGCGUACCUGCACGAUGGGGGAGCACAAGGCACGUAAUGCAAGCAAUGCAGCACACCGAACCCCUACGGCCAGAUUCGUUCAGCGCCCCGAAGACGGCGCGAGCUUAUUCAUCCUGGCUGAACCGCACCCUGUGGCUGAAAAGGGAACAAGACCGUUCCCUGAUCGGCAUUGGGGCUCGGGAAGAGGCUAACACUACGGGGUGAGGCUGACUUGGGAUCGUCUGUUUGCUGAUAGCGACGUCGUGUAACGAUAUCGCUUCACUUUAGAACGAAUCUGAUCUGAUACGCCGUAUAUAGAAAGAUAGUAAGGUGUUACAACUACAUUGUACGACUCUC